GCGGCCGCGAUGUCCUUUUGUGUCCUACAAGCCGCCAGCGGCGCCGCCGAGUGAGGGGACGCGGCGCGGCGGGGCGGCGCGGUCCGAGGAGGCGACGGAGGAGGGGCCGCCCGCAGCCCCCCUCGGCUCACCCCGCCGCUCCGGCCGCUCGGCCCUCAUGCCUGCCCGCCCGGCCUGCCGGAGCCCCAGGUGACCAGCGCCAUGUCCAGCCAGGUGGCGGGCAUUGAGCCACUCUACAUCAAGGCCGAGCCAGCCAGCCCUGACAGUCCCAAGGGCUCCUCGGAGACCGAGCCUGAGCCCCCCGUGACUCUGGCCCCAGGACCGGCCCCUACUCGCUGCCACUCAGGCCACAAGGAGGAGGAGGAUGGGGAGGGGGCCGGGCCUGGCGAGCAGGGUGGGGGCAAGCUGGUGCUCAGCUCCCUGCCCAAGCGCCUUUGCCUCGUCUGCGGGGAUGUGGCCUCUGGCUACCACUACGGUGUGGCAUCCUGUGAGGCCUGCAAAGCCUUCUUCAAGAGGACCAUCCAGGGGAGCAUUGAGUACAGCUGCCCGGCCUCCAACGAGUGUGAGAUCACCAAGCGGAGACGCAAGGCCUGCCAGGCGUGCCGCUUCACCAAGUGCCUGCGGGUGGGCAUGCUCAAGGAGGGAGUGCGCCUGGACCGUGUCCGGGGCGGGCGGCAGAAGUACAAGCGGCGACCAGAGGUGGACCCACUGCCCUUCCCCAGCCCGUUCCCUGCCGGCUCCCUGGCAGUAGCUGGAGGCCCCCGGAAGACAGCCCCGGUGAACGCACUUGUGUCCCACCUGCUCGUGGUUGAGCCUGAGAAGUUGUACGCCAUGCCUGACCCGGCCGGCCCCGACGGGCACCUCCCGGCUGUGGCCACUCUCUGUGACCUCUUCGACCGGGAGAUCGUGGUCACCAUCAGCUGGGCCAAGAGCAUCCCAGGCUUCUCGUCGCUGUCGCUGUCUGAUCAGAUGUCAGUGUUGCAGAGCGUGUGGAUGGAGGUCCUUGUGCUGGGUGUGGCCCAGCGCUCCCUGCCCUUGCAAGAUGAGCUAGCCUUUGCUGAAGACCUGGUCUUGGAUGAAGAGGGGGCCCGGGCGGCCGGCCUCGGGGAGCUGGGGGCGGCCCUGCUGCAGCUCGUCAGGCGACUGCAAGCCCUGCGCCUAGAGCGAGAGGAGUACGUCCUGCUGAAGGCCCUGGCUCUUGCCAACUCAGAUUCUGUCCACAUUGAAGAUGCUGAGGCCGUGGAACAGCUCCGAGAGGCCCUGCACGAGGCCCUGCUGGAAUACGAGGCCGGACGCGCAGGGCUGGGAGGGGGUGCCGAGCGGCGGCGGGCCGGCAGGUUGCUGCUCACGCUCCCACUCCUCCGACAGACAGCAGGCAAAGUGCUGGCCCAUUUCUAUGGGGUGAAGCUGGAGGGCAAGGUGCCCAUGCAUAAGCUCUUCUUGGAGAUGCUCGAGGCCAUGAUGGACUGAAGGCUAGAGCUGGGCUUGGCGGGGGGUCGGCAGGCCCCCAGGAGAGCAGAGCUGGGGUCUGGGCAGUGCCAUAAGCCUGCUGGCAGGGCCAGGGCAAUGCCGUGGGCCCCUGGGAGCAGGUCCCACAUCCUCUCUUCACCCUCCUGUCCCCGGCCUAGGGGCUUCAGGAGCUGGGAACGUGAGGGCACAGUGCUCGCUGCCCCUUGCAAGCCAUAAUGUGCCCCCAGAGUGCAGGGGGGCCUUGCGGAAGCCAUAGGGGGCUGCAGGGGCCGCGCACAGGAGGCGGACACCUGGUCUCAGGGAGGGGAGGGCAUGGAGGCCGCCACCUCCCAGUGUGGGGACGCUUUCUGCUGCUGCUUCAACACCUGAUCGGAGGCGGCCGGCUGGGAGAGCCCAGGCCCCUGCCCCCUCACCCCUCUCCUGUCACUUGCAUUGGGCAUUGGUGCCCCCAUCCCCUUGAAGCAAUAACUCCAAGCCGGCUCCAGCCCCAGGCACCU